GUGGAAAGGGAACUUGCGUGCUGAGCUGACAGCCUCCGAGGGUCGCCACGCGAGUUCCGUGUUUAGCACAUUGUAUACGCAUUUCACGUCGCUCAAAUUGUGUCCUGCCCUGUUGCGUAAUCUUUUUAGAGCUCUUGGCGCGUUAGUGUCAAGGAUCAGGCUUGAACGUCGCCUAAUUUGAUCAUCGAUGUCUUCAAGUCGGCCCGUCUGGCACAAUGCCGCCACGGCCCCGUGCGCGGUGUGCGGCGCGGAGGGCCGGCCCUGCUCGCGCUGCCGCGUGCACUACUACUGCGGCGCGGAGCACCAGCGGCAGCACUGGGCCAAGCACCGCCACGGCUGCGGCAGCGUGGCGCUGGAGGGCGGCGUCCUGGUGGCCGUCAAGGACAUCCCCGCCAACACCUGCAUCCUGCGCGAGCUGCCGUCCGUCGUGUUCCCGUGCCAGCCGCACUUCCUCACCAAGCAGGACGUCGUUUUGUGCGUGGCGUGCUGCGUCGACGUGAGCGGGUCGUACGCCCAGUGCGGCCGCUGCGGGCUGCCCGUCUGCAACGACACCUGCAGUCAGUCCAGCAGUCACCAGGCGGAGUGCCAGGCGUUCCAGGAGGCCGAGUUUGUGGUGCCCAAAGCUGACAUCGAAGAUGAGGACGUCCCCGUGGGAACGGCCGUGUGGAUUCUGCGCGCUGCGUUGGCGUCUCUGGACAACCCGCUGCUUGACUAUCUGCUCCAAGACCUCGGCUUCGGCGACAAACCACCCAGGAGGUUGCCGGCGGUGUGGGAGACCGUCAACCUGAAGGUCAACACGCGUGCGGUGCGCUACCUGUGCGACGCUGUGGGCAUCAAGCGGCUGUCCGAACGGGACCUGCACCGCGCCGCCCACAUGGUCAUCUCGUAUGCCAGCGCGUCCCACGGCCCGCUUGUGAACAAAGAAGGCCAGAAGCCGGCCCACGUCGGCGUCCUUUUCGUCGGGCUGUCCUUGAGGAAGCACAGCUGCUUCCCCAACUCCGCUGACAGAGUGAUGAAACCUAGGACGGACGAGUAUAUGGUCGUGACUACAAGAGAUGUGGCUGCCGGCCAAUGCAUCACUAUAAACCGCCAGGGCGGCACGUGGUUCGACCACACGCGAGAGCGCCGCAAGAACGUGAUGUUGCGCUGGGGGUUCGUCUGCGACUGCGAACGCUGCAGCGACCCCACCGAGCUGGGGAUGUACGUGGACUCGCCCUGCUGCGCGGCCUGUGCAGAGCGUGGCAAGCAAUGCUUCUUGGUGCCGGUCGGGGACGAAAUCCGCAAUGACUGGUCCUGUGAGGGUUGCAAGAAGUCGUUGCCACUGCCCGAGGUGAAAGGUCUAACGAAGCCAGCAGAAGACCGGUUGGAAGAGCUUUUAGAUUCUUCGACGGAGGAGUUGUUGAAGUUCAUCGCUGAGCACUCGUACCCGCGGGGCCCCUUGCACCCCACCCACGCCUUGGUGCUGCGGGCCAGGAAGGCCUUCCUCUCGGACAACCACUUGCGCCGGGCCAUGCGGCACAUGUUUCAGCUGAAGGAAGUGGGGCUCAAACUGUUGAAGAGGUCACAUCGGGAGCAGCUUCAAAUUUCAAUGCAAUUUGUGACCGGCUGCGUAGAGGUGAUCACUGAGCAGCUCCGAGCCCUGAACCGCCUGCUGCCCGGCCUGACCAACCAGCGCUUGUCCUUGCUGUGCGAGCUGCGCUGGCUGACACUCUUCAAGCUGGACUGGCUCAAGACUGCCGCCAGAUGCCUGCGGACUCCGGAGACUGAGCAAAAUAUGGCCCAUUUGACGGAGUCGCUGCUGGAUGUGGAAAAGCAGAUCAGGCGUCACUUCUUCUUCCUGCGCGACGACGAUGAAAUGGUGCAGGCAGUUAUGAAGAGCGGACAGGUGACCGCCGAAUCUAACUAUUUCUAAGGAUUGGUCACGGCAUUGCCAUUUUUUUUUUUUUUUUUAGUUUUGUGACGCUUGUAACAAACUUCAACUUUCAACAAGUUUGAUUAUUAAGUAAUUACCUUAUUUCUUUAACGUUUUCUCAGCCGUGUUGGCACAAUAUUCUACUGUUUUCUACGGUUCAUUUGUAAUUCCGUUGUAAUAAAGGAAGCAAGUUAAUCUCCA